AUGUACCGGCAACAACCUCGACCUAUGUCACAGCGUUGGGGCGAGGCGAAGGAGACAGAGUAUCAUGGAAGCGCCAUGUCCUCGAUGCUGUUUUUGGUACCACGCGACCGUGCCACGACACAGCCAAAGACGUCAAACCACAGUGGCUUCCCCGUCGGCGGCCCAGCACCCUUGGUCUCGCCUAGCUAUGCUCCCACACAGCAACCCAACACAAACAUCAUGGACGCCAAGCAGAUUAAGAAGGAGGAGAAGGUCCUGGCCAAGGAGGCUAAGGCCGAUGACAAGCAGCUCAAAUCUGCCCAGAAGUCCUUCGAGAAGGACAAGAAGAAGGAUGCCAAGCUUCUCAAGGCGCAUGCCAAGGCCGAGAAAGAGCACCAGAAGGCGAUCAAGAAGGAACACAAGCUGCAGGCCAAGCUGGAGAAGCAGCAGGCGAAGUACAACGAGUCUGUCCGUACUCUCGAGGAGAAGAAGAUGAAGGUUGAGAACGCCAACAAGGCGCUCAACGAGCACCGCGGCAAGCUGCAGAACACCGAGCAGCACCUUGCUUCCGCCCAGCACAACAAGGCUGCCGGCGAGAGCGAGCGCCACCGCCACAAGGAGGCGCUCGCCGCCAAUGGUAGCGCUCCUGUGACCGGAACCCCUGCUGCCCAGACCGCCGCUACCCCAGCGACGGCUCACCCUGCGGCCAACACGGUGCCUGCCACCAACACCGCGCAGCCCAUCGCCCCUGCUUCGGCCCAUGGCUCCACCCCUGCUGCCAAUUCUGGAUACGCUGCCCCCGCCAACAACGCCUACGCCGCUCCCGCGACCACUGGCGCCUACACCGCCCCCGCCGUCGGCGCCCACUAA